AUGAAGCUAGAUAGCAUCUCGAACAAGUUGCGACCAUCAAUUCUAGCUCUGGCUACGACGGCAUGUCUUUGGUUUUCCAUCCUGAUAUCACUCCUAGCAAUUAUUCUCCUGCAUCUUCCAAGCGUUUCUUGCAACUCGUUGGCGGGCCCACGAUUUUGCAUCCCGCAGUACACACUUCGUUUUUUGGAAGUCCCAGACCCCGGUCAAAAUAUAUUCGUUGGAGCCAAAAGUCUCUUGACUCUACUGUCUUACGUUGCAUUGGACCUGAACGCAAAUGGAAAAGCUGCUAACUUGGAAGACUAUGAUGACGUGAACCUGGUGAACACUUUCAAUGCUCCCAACCGCUACAAGAUGAACCACCUUGGAUAUUGCAAAGAUCAGCCGUCAGUAGCGAAGAUUCCUCGCUACUGCAUUAACAAUCGAAAUGGGCUGGAGCCCGUUUCUACCCUCAUGCGGGACGUGGGUGUUCAAUUUGGUAUUACCUCCUCCAAAAAUCCGUAUAUGAUGGGCAAUUCUUUCGUGUACGCGUUCAAACUAGGACUUCGUGCUUUGCUCGAAGCAGGUAGAAACGAGACUGGCUCUGCGGACGAUAGCAACAAUAUUUUCGCCAAAUACAUGUCUCCUUACUCCGGCUCCAACAGCGAGAUUCCCGUUCGCGAUUUAAGCCAGUGGCAAAGCGCCGCCGAGCUACUGGAAGUGCUUCAACAUUUAUGCUGGUCGAUAAGCUUCAUCAAUCUGAUUGAAUUUUCGCUGUGCAUUCUAGUCAUCAUUUCUACUGUCGUCACAUCGCCAACAGCGUUUACGGGCAAACGCAGAGAUAAAAGGUUUGAAACAACGUGGCGGACCGUGGGUAUAUGGGGACAUUUUUUCCUCAAGGUCCUGCCCGUUCUGGCCGCUAUUGUAAGUUUUUUCGGUGUUUUCGUUUCUACCGUACUAUAUUCAUCUCUGAACAAGGCUUCUGUGACCCAAGGGCUUUCCAAGAAGUACUUCGAUCUUCAAAUAGGUGGUGCAUUCUACAUGAACGUUGUGAGGCUGGUGUUGGAGUGCGUUUUGGUUUGGCAGACGUUAAAAUUCAACCAACAUAGGAAAAACGCGGAAAAUGAGCUACAGGUAAGCCCAACGGCUCUAGGAAGCUGGCAAAAGGACCUAGAGAUGGAUUCGAUACUAUCCUCGAGCACAACAGUUUGA